AUGGCUGCCGUUGCAAGAGCAAAGUCGCUUGACCAUCUUGUCUUGACAGUCAAAGACAUAGAUGCCACUUUCAAGUUUUAUGAGCAGGUCCUGGGCAUGGAGCGCACCUCCUUCAUCUCCCCUACUGAUCCCAGCAUGCAACGUCACGCGCUCAAGUUUGGGGCACAGAAAAUCAACCUACAUGUUAGUGGGAAGGAGUUUGAACCCAAGGCUGGUAGUGUACAGCCUGGAAGUGGUGACUUGUGUUUUCUUGUGGAAGACAAUGUGGACGAGAUUCUCCCAAAGCUGAAAGAGAAAGGGAUCAACGUGCUUGAAGGAGGUCAAGUGGUGGGGAGAACAGGCGCACAGGGAAAGCUGCGCAGUGUCUACGUCCGUGAUCCUGACGGGAACCUGAUCGAGUAUGACUCCCCCAUAGACUUCUCUUUGCGUUGA